UCCCCUCCACACUCUUCGUAGUUCGUCCUCGUCCUCCUCCCCCGCACACUCCUCGUGACUCCCACUCGAAGCCCGAGGAAAUGGCGUCUUCCAAUGCUGCCUCCGUCUACACCACCACCACCGCCCCCCACCUCCUCCUCCUCCGCCGCCGCCUCGUCGGUGGCUCGCAGCACCGCAAUGCCCGCGUCCGCGUGGCCGCCGCCGCCGCCUCAGGUGGUGCCGGAGGCGGGAGCGGCGGGGGGUCGUACCUGGACAUGUGGAGGAAGGCGGUGGAGCGGGAGCGGCGGUCGGCGGAGCUCGCGUACCGGCUCCAGGCGCCCCCCGCGGAGGCGGACGCGCCCGCGCGGCCGCCAUCGGGCGAGGACGUGGAGAGGCGGACGGCGCGGUUCGAGGAGAUGCUGCGGGUGCCGCGGGAGGAGCGCGACCGCGUGCAGCGCCGCCAGGUCAUCGACCGCGCCGCUGCGGCGCUCGCAGCCGCGCGCGCCGUUCUCAAGGAGCCGCCUGCCUCGUCCGCGUCCCCGUCGCCGUCCCCGCCCCCGACGCCGCUGCAGAGGGCGGAGACAACCACGGGCGAGGCAGGAUCGGGCGAGGGCGGGGCUCCGAAGGGAUCGGAUUGGGCCUCCCGGCCGGCGGCGCCUGCGCCGGCGUCACAGUCGCCGGAAGUGCCAGACUCUGGGGAUUCAUCUACUUACAAGCAGGAAAGUUCGAAACUUGGUACUCCAGGUCCUGAUUUCUGGUCGUGGUUACCACCAAUGCAAAAUAGCAGUAAACCAAUGGAAAGCAGUACUGGUUUAAAACCAUCCAAGAAAGUGGAUCCGUUUUCCCUUCAACCUGAUCUGUUGAUGGAAAAGGAACAAUCAGCGGACAUUUUAUCACUUCCAUUGGAGACCUCUUUCUUUGAGAAAAAGGAAGACAGAUCUCUUCCUCCCUUCCAGUCAUUUGCCGAGCCUGAAAAUGUGGAUUCCAAGGCUAACCAGGCUGUUGACGCAAAGAAGACAUUUGAAGAACAGUUUCCAAAAAAUGCAGCUGAGGUGGCUAGAGCUCUUAGUGAAAGUGAUGAGAAAUCAUCCCACGGAAUAUACCCGGAUGGUUCAAUGUGGUGGAAAGAGACAGGUGUAGAACAAAGGCCUGAUGGUGUAAUUUGCAAGUGGACUGUAACUAGGGGAGUUAGUGCUGAUGGUACUGUUGAAUGGGAAGACAAGUAUUGGGAGGCUUCGGACCGGUUUGAUCACAAAGAAUUAGGUUCUGAGAAGUCUGGACGUGAUGCUGCAGGCAAUGUAUGGCGGGAAUACUGGAAGGAGUCAAUGUGGCAGGAUUACACCUGUGGGGUUAUGCAUAUGGAGAAGACUGCGGACAAGUGGGGACAGAAUGGUAAAGGGGAGCAGUGGCAAGAGCAAUGGUUCGAGCAUUAUGAGUCAACCGGUCAAGCUGAAAAAUGGGCCGAUAAAUGGUGCAGCUUGGAUCCAAAUACACCACUGGAUGUUGGUCAUGCUCAUGUUUGGCAUGAAAGGUGGGGCGAGAAGUACGACGGCAGCGGCGGCAGCGUGAAAUACACCGACAAAUGGGCGGAGCGGGCCGAGGGCGACGGGUGGUCCAAGUGGGGCGACAAAUGGGACGAGCACUUCGACCCCAACGGGCACGGCGUGAAGCAGGGGGAGACCUGGUGGGAGGGAAAGCACGGCGACCGGUGGAACCGCACCUGGGGCGAGGGGCACAACGGCUCCGGGUGGGUGCACAAGUAUGGCCGGAGCAGCAGCGGCGAGCACUGGGACACGCACGUCCCGCAGGAGACGUGGUACGAGCGGUUCCCGCACUUCGGGUUCCACCACUGCUUCGAGAACUCGGCGCAGCUCCGGUCGGUGCGGCGGCAGCGGCCUCCUCCUCGGAAGCGAAGUCUGAAGAAAGAGUAGUGGCAGUAGUAGACGAUGGUCAGGAACGUUUCGUUUGCAGGCAUGAUCUGAGUAGUUGGCUACUCAUCUCACCCAUCUGCAUCGUAUUCUUGGCUGUGCUGAAGAGGAGUUUAUCAUGCAUUCAUGCUCGUACAAUAACAUGGAUGAUCUCGGCAUAUGUGCUGUUAUGAUAAAAUGGAAGUUUAUAGCA